UCUCAAGAAGUCACGUGAAUGCCUUCAACUCUCUCUCUCUCUCUCUCUCUCUCUCUCUGCUAUAGCUAAUCUCUUCUUUUAAAAGAGUAACACCACUCUACAGCUUAGGCCCUUUUGCGUUCCUCUCUUUUUAAUUUCUAUGUCUCCCUCUACUUCUCCGACCUCUUCCAUCUUUACUGGAGUAACAUAUAAGAUUUGAUUGACUAGCCUUCUCCUAAUUUGCUAGCUUUCUCCUUUUGAUCUCUCUCCCAAUGGCUCCACCUUCCCCUUUUCUUGAGCUCAGUGGAGAUGGUGGAGAUCAUGAUCAUCAAUACCACCAUCUCUUCAAUCUAGAACCUCAAACUUCUUUCUCUUCUUUCUCUUCUUCCUCUCUUUCCAGCCCCAUAUUCUUAACUCCAUCUCAAGCCCAAGCACCAUCCGAUCACUAUAGAGAACCACAAAACUUUCAAUUCCAACUCCUAGAGGCUGAUCAUCAUAACAUUGUCUCGUAUGGCGGAUCAUGUGAUCACGACCCUAAAACCCUCGAAAACGAAAGUGGCAGUGGUACUAUUCUGAAAUUAAGCAUUUCCAAGAAUGGAGCUGGCAGAAAUGGAAAUCCAAGUACUGAUAAGUGGAUGUCUUCAAAGAUGAGGAUGAUGAGGAAGAUGACAAACCCGGAUCAAACUUCGAGCAGCUGUACAUCCAGCGAUGAUAAACCAGUUGCAAUGAAGUUAUCAAUAUCACACAAGUCUGAAGAGCAGAAGCCGCAGCAUCUUGACAUGAUCAGCUGCAGCAACAAUUCAUCAAACAACAUGAACAACAACGUCCCAAUUAUUAGGGUUUGCUCUGAUUGCAACACUACUAAGACACCUCUAUGGAGGAGCGGACCAAGAGGCCCCAAGUCACUUUGCAACGCCUGUGGAAUUCGGCAAAGGAAGGCGAGGCGGGCCAUGGCGGCUGCUGCAGCUGCAGCAAGCGGCACAACCCUGGCUGCUGCGCCAUCUAUGAAGAGUACUAGUAAGGUGCAACACAAAGACAAUAAACCAAGAGUUGCUUCUACUGUCCCGUUCAAGAAAAGGCCGUACAAUAAACUCAGCUCAACCCCAUCAUCAAAAGGCAGACCACCAAAGAAGCUUUGUUUUGAGGAUUUCGCAAUAAGCAUGAACAAUAACCAUUCAUCAUCUGCCACUAGCACCACCACUACUAGCCUUCAACGAGUUUUCCCACAAGACGAGAAGGAAGCUGCGAUCCUGCUCAUGGCUCUAUCUUGUGGACUUGUUCAUGGUUGAAUUAAUUUCGACACCGAUCUUCGAGUUUAAUUAGUCCACAACAAGUACUUCUUUUGUAGUAGUAGUAGUAUUUAGUGAUAUUAUUAUUAGGACUAAACCAAGUUCAGGUUAGAGAGAGUGUGAGAGAGUAACAAAAUCAGUGAUGAUUAGGAACCGAAUGAAUUAGUUAGUUCAAUAAAAACCAAAAAAUAAAUGAAGUAAAUGUUGUGAUGAUGUUAUGAGAGCGUAUUAAUUAUAUGGUGUUUUGUUUUGGGCAAGCAGAAAUAGAAUUCACCAUGCAAA